UACAAAUCGUGUUUCCGGUACAACAAGCAAGAAAGAGGAAGAAGACAGUCGUGCUGCGAGACAACAGAGGAAAAUAUGAGUUGGUGAAAAAUCACGGCAGGCUUAGUGUUAUAGAUGUAACAGUCCGCCGCGAAUACUUUAUAUUUUGUGCACCUUAUCUCGGGGACCCAGCUCAGCAGCAAAUAAGUAGUAUUUGAUUUCUACUCCCCUGAUGUCUGCCGAGGCAUCUGGUUCAUCUUGUGGGAAUGUGGUGACUGUGUCCGGUUCUGCCGCAUCAUCCUCCAGCCACGUUGGGGAAGAAAAGGCCGGCAGGAGCCUGGCGGGGAGUAAGUAUGUGAAGCUCAAUGUGGGGGGAACUCUCCACUACACCACGGUCCAGACGCUCAGCAAGGAGGACAGUCUGCUCAGGAGUAUUUGUGAUGGGAGCACAGAGGUCACCAUAGACUCUGAGGGCUGGGUGGUGCUGGACAGAUGUGGGAGACACUUUUCCCUGGUGCUGAACUUCCUGCGGGACGGGACGGUUCCUUUGCCGGAGAGCACACGGGAGCUAGAGGAGGUAUUGAAGGAGGCGCAAUACUACAGGCUCCAGGGUCUUGUGCAGCACUGCCUCACCACAUUACAGAAACGGAGGGAUGUCUGCAGGGGAUGUCACAUUCCUAUGAUCACUUCAGCCAAAGAGGAACAGAGGAUGCUAGCCACCUGUAGGAAGGUGAGAUAACAGAACGGAAUAUUUAUUUCCC